AUGAAAAAGGAAGAACAUAUUCAGCUAGCGUUCCUGGACGUAUUAACAACACGCACCAAGUAUGGAUUUGAUUUUGUAUCUAAAAUCAACAGCUUUUUUAAGCACCGAAGCCGUAUCGAGAACUGUUUGUUGGUAACCAUGGAUACUUCUUCUUUAUAUCUCCCUGUUGACCACGAUGAAAGGGUAGAAGCAUGCAUGGAUGCCUUCGAAAAGUGGUCAAACAAAAGGAGUAGAGUCUUAGCUCUAGCGAGCUCUGGAAUUGCCUUGACUUUACUUCCAGGAGGUCGAUCAGCUUAUGCAGCAUUCGAGCUCCCAUUCAGUAUAACUUCAAAUGAUGAACCUGUCUGUAAUAUUAGUUCUUUAGCUCAAGUUCUCAUGAAAUGUUCUUUAAUCAUAUGGCACGAAGCUACAAUGUCGCUCCAUAAAAAAAAAUCAGUAAAUGCUGUUAACAGAAUGCUGCAGGAUUUAUGCAAUUCUAAUUGUUUGAUGAGAGGUGUGCCAGUGGUACUUCCAGGAGAUUUCAGACAAACUUUGCAAGUGAUUCCUAGGGGAACAAAGGCGGAUGAAUUGAAAGCAUGUUGGGAAAUUUCUGUUUUAUGGAAACAUAUCAAAGUGCUAAAGCUUUCUACAAAUAUGAGGGCACAUGCUAUUAUGCAACUUGGAGAAGGAAGGCUAGAUAUCAAUCAUGAAGGUGACUUGAAUCCAUCAAAAAUCUGCACCUUGGUCAGCUCGCUUGAUGAAUUUAUUGAAAAAGUUUCUCCAGGUAUAAUUUCAAAUUAUACAAAUGUUGCUUGGUUGUGCGAAAGAGCAAUCUUGUCACCAAAGAACUUUACAGUGAAUUAUUUAAAUGAAUGA